AUGGUAUACCAGGUUCAACAAACAGUACAUCACCUGAUCGGAGUGAAGUAUCCUUGGUUCUGUAGAAUUCCCCCAGACUGGCCUGUUGUUAUAGACCUCUUGAGCAACUACAAGCCAAAACUGCAUUACUGCAAGGUUCUAUGGAAAAUGCCACAGUAUGGAUUGAAGUGUAAUACAGAUGGAGCUUCUCAAGGUAAUCCAGGAACCAGCUCAUAUGGAUUUUGCAUCAGAAAUGACAGAGGAAAUCUUAUUUAUGCUUGGGCCAAGCAGAUUGUCUUGGCCUCAAACAUGAUUGCAGAAACAAUAGCUAUCCAGGAAGCUAUGAAAUAUUAUGUUUGGAAGAUCCCUUGGCAAAUUGUGGAAAAAGUAGAGCAGAUUCAGCAAAUAAUGGAACAGCUGCAUGUACAAGUUUUGCACACAUUUAGAGAAGGAAAUCAGCUGGCAGAUUUCCUAGCAAAUGCAACACUUGAAGUAGAGAAUCAGCUGGAAUACAAUAUCUUUGAAUCACUGCCAGUACUAGGAAGGAAGAUACUAAAUUUAGACAAGGCACAAAUUCUAUUACUGAGGAUCAAAACAAGGAAGAUUCAGCCUAUUUGA